AUGCGGUUAUCUUCCCUUGGAUAUCUACUUGCAUGUGUCAGCUAUGGCGCUGGCCUUGCUCACUCUAGCGCUAUACCAAAUGAAGUGAAGGACGAAGGCCAGCCCUACUCAAUUCGCUCCGUCGACUCAACCGACUCCACCGAUGCAGCACUGAGGAGGAUCGACUUCAAAAUCACCAGAGGCGGCCUGGAAGCGGCUCGGGAUGUGAUUCUAGUAGCAUCCGGCGCAACCUCGGCUAUUGCGGCCGUGGUGGGUUGGGUCCAGAGGGACAGUUCUGCGAACUCAUGUGCGCCUAUUGGAGGAAGUGGGCAAUCGGAUAAGGGUGAGCAGAAGUAUCACUUUAAGUACUGGGUGACCACGACGGGAAAGAACUGUGACACCACGGCACAGACCAAGACUGUGGCUGCAGCGCUCGAUGAUGCUUGGGAUCAGGUGCAUAAAUACAAGUACAACUGGGCGUGCAUCGAUCUCAGUCACGGAGGCACUUGGCAUGGGCAUCUCGCAGUGGCUACAGUUGGCUCAGGCAAAAAUGUCGACACCAUGUGUAACUAG